AUGGCACCCUCGGCGAGCACCGCCAAGUCCAGGCCAAGAAAGUCGACUAACACCGUACUUGACGAUUCUGGUUCCGACGACGACUACCAAGCAUACAAUCUGCGACUCCAGGAAGCCAGCGCGGCUAGAGCACGUCUCAAAAAGGCGAGAGAAGAGCGUGAUAAGAAACGCAAGGCCUUGCUCUCAGCCUACCAAGACGCGCUCACGUCCAUCCAAGACCGCGUAAGAAAAUCAGUUUCCAAGUAUCAUGAUCUCCACUCAGCCAUGCACAUCUCCCGUCUGUUAAGACUCAAGGAAGCAGUAGAAGCCAGCGAUCAAAAGCAGACCGCCAUUGCCAAGAAGCUGGCCGAUGUGCAGCGCAUCAUGAGCAACCACAGUAUCCAGCUCUGCGCCUUGUACGAGGGUCGUCAAAAAGACUUGGCUACUAUGUUACCCCAUGCCAAGCCUGAGAAGCCUGCGGAGGAUGGCGCUGCUGCUGCUGCUACUUCUGAGGUGGACAGGUCGUCGGGCCAGUAG